GGGCGCCGCCAUUCGGGGCCUGGAGCGGGAGCGUGGAGCCGCGAAAUAAGCUCAGCAAUGGCAUCCGGUACUUCAAGUGUUGAUUCGAAAGCUGAGCUCACUGCGUUACUGGAGCAGUGGGAACGGGACAGUAACAGCGGCACUAAUGUCAUCCCCAUUCUCACCAAGAUUUCAGACCUGAUUGAGAAGGAGACCGAAGAAUACCAUAAAGCGGAUCCUGAUCCUUUUGAUGACCGUCAUCCUGGCCGGGCAGAUCCAGAAUGUAUGUUGGGGCAUCUCCUCAAAAUACUCUUCAAAAAUGAUGAUUUCAUGAAUUCGUUGGUUAAUGCCUAUGUGAUGAGCAGCCGAGAUGCACCGGUGAAUACGGCUGCAUGUCGACUGCUACUGGACAUCAAACCUGGACUGGAAACGGCAGUUGUAUUUCAGGAGAAGGAAGGGAUCGUUGAAAACUUGUUUAAAUGGGCUCGGGAGGCAGAAGAACCGCUGAGGACGUAUGCCACUGGACUGCUUGCCGGUGCUAUGGAAAACCAGGACAUUGCAGCCAACUAUCGGGAGGAAAACUCACAGAUGGUACCAUUGAUGUUGCAGCGACUACGGGAUUUGCAGAAGCAGGAUCUGGAAAGAAAUCAGAAGAUAAAGUGGCAGAGCCCUCGGAAGCCACCUUUGAAUCCACCUCUAGAGCCACUGCUUCCCAUGGAUGAGGAGGCUGUGGACAUGGACUAUGGGGAUACGGAGAGGGCACCAGAUGGAGAGGAAGGUCUUGAGGAAUUUUCCUUCCAGCUGAACUCUAUGUGUAAAGCCAACAGCAGAGUUAAUUCCAUCGUCAAAAGCUCUGAGAGAGAGGACCAAUUAAAGAGUAAAGAUGGAGGAAGGACAGAGGGAGAGGAUGGAAGGAAAGUUCCCAAACACAGGCUUAGUUUUUCAGGGCUGGAUCCUGACCGGAUUUGUAGUGAACACUCUAAUAGCUGGUCCGAGAUGUCACCCUGGGUGAUUGGCAAUAAUUAUAACCUUUAUCCUUUGACCUCUGCCAUUGAGCAAAGAUUGAUCCUUCAGUACCUAACACCCCUUGGAGAGUAUCAAGAGUUGCUGGCUGUGUUCAUGCAGCUCGGGGCCCGAGAUCUGCUCAUGUUCUAUAUUGAUCUGAAGCAGACGAAUGAUGUCCAACUCACCUUUGAGGCCCUGAAGUACCUAGCCUCUUUAUUGCUGCACAAGAAGUUUGCCGCAGAUUUUGUGGCUCAGGGUGGAGUUCAGAAGCUGCUGGAGAUCCCGCGGCCAUCCAUGGCAGCCACCGGCGUCUCUCUCUGCUUGUACUAUUUGGCUUAUAAUCAGGAUGCAAUGGAGCGGGUUUGCUUGUUGCCUCACUUUGUUCUCUCAGAUGUGGUCAGCUACACCCUGUGGCUGCUGGAGUGCUCCCACGAGUCGGGACGCUGUCAUGCUACCAUGUUCUUCUCCAUUUCAUUUGCCUUUCGUUCUGUCCUGGAGCUUUUUGACAAGCAGGAUGGACUAAGACGGCUGGUUAACCUGAUUAGCACUUUGGAAAUCUUAAACCUGGAGGAUCAGGGGGCACUACUUAGUGAUGAUGAAAUCUUUGCCAGCCGUCAGACUGCCAAGCAUACCUGUAUGGCACUACGCAGAUACUUUGAGGCCCACCUGGGCAUCAAACUGGAGCAUGUGAAACGAUCCCUGCAGAGAACAGAAGGAGGUGCUCUCAUACAUCCACAGCCUCCAUACAAGACACUGGGUUCAUUUCGAAAGUGGGCUUGCUGGGAAUUGUCAAUGUGUCCUGUUUCCAAAAAUCAGGCUUGUUCUUACACCCAUGAGCAAGUUGUUGAGAUGGUAGAAUUCCUGAUUGAAUGUGGCCCUGCAAGGCUAUUCUGGGAACCAGCAGAGAUCUUCCACAAGCUCUCGUGUGUACAACUCCUAUUGCAGCUCAUAUCGAUUGCCUGUGAUUGGAGGACAUACUAUGGGAGGAGUGACACUGUUCGUUCUGCUCUCGAUGUGCUCGCCAUUCUCACCGUUGUACCCAAAACUCCGCUUUUAUUAGCGGAGCCUGUCGAUGUGCUCGAUGAGAGCGGCUCUGCUGUCACCACAGUGGGGAUGAGCAUUAUCCUUGGAGUUGCUGAGGGAGAUAUCUUUGUGAAUGAUGCUGAAACACAAAAAUCUGCUCUUCAGGUGAUCAUGAACUGCGUGUGUGGGCCUGACAAACGCAUCUCCAGCAUCGGCAAGUUUCUGUCUGGGACCCCUCGGCGCAAGAACUCUCAGACCCCCAAGAGCAGCGAGAACGUACUGACCAAAAUGUGGAACGUAGUUCAGGCCAACAACGGUAUCAAGGUGCUGUUAUCCUUGCUGACCGUGAAGAUGCCGAUUACUGAUGCAGAUCAGAUCCGUUCAUUGGCCUGCAAGGCCCUGGUCGGCCUCUCCCGCAGCAGUUCUGUUAAGCAGAUCAUCAGCAAACUGCCCUUGUUCAGCAGUGGUCAGAUCCAGCAGCUCAUGAGGGAGCCUGUGCUGCAGGACAAACGUCAUGAGCAUGUUAAAUUCUGCAAGUACGCCUCGGAACUGAUUGAACGCAUCUCUGGGAAACCCCUGUCCAUUGGGUCAGACGUGUCCCUGGCACGCCUACAGAAAGCAGAUGUUGUGGCUCAGACGCGAAUCAGUUUCUCAGAGAAAGAGUUGCUGCUUCUUAUCAGGAACCACCUGGUGUCUCACGGGCUCCAGGAAACAGCUGCCACGCUGACAAAGGAGGGAGACCUUCCCCGAACACCUGCCAUCCAACCUGUGCCUUCUCAUCCUACAGCCUUCACACCUGUAGCUGCAGGAACAUCCCCCAUUGUCCUGCCCCGAACCCCCCGACUAGCCAAUGGUAUUUGCUCUAGAACUAUCAACCUGACGUCCGUCUCAACCCCAUGUCAGGCAAAGCCAUCAGCAUUACAAGUCUCCUGCUCUGGCACUGGGCCUUCCUGUGCCAAUGGCUCUCCAAUAAUUGGUAAAAUAAGUUUUUCUAAAGAGAAGCCAUCACCAUGCAAUGGCUGCAGCCUCAGGAAGCAGAAACUUAUACGCCAAAAGUCAGACUACGGAGCCUAUAACCAGACACCGGCCAUCAAAAAACAGUUAGACCGUCAUUUGCCCUCGCCUCCCUCGCUGGACAGCAUCAUCACCGAGUACCUGAGGGAGCAGCAUGCUCGUUGCAAGAACCCCGUGGUCACCUGUCCCCCAUUCUCUCUGUUUACUCCUCACCAAUGUCCGGAGCCGAAGCAGAGGCGACAGGCGCCACUGAACUGCACCUCGCGAGUGGCCUGCAGAGCCGCCUUCCCCAAGUAUGGCGGGGUGGACGGCGGCUGUUUUGACAGACACCUUAUCUUCAGCAGGUUCCGUCCGAUUUCUGUGUUCAGGGAAUCUGAUGAGGAAGGCAGUGGCUUUACCUGCUGUGCAUUCUCUGCUCGGGAGCGUUUUCUGAUGCUGGGGACGUGCACUGGAGAACUCAAACUCUAUAACUUAUUCAGUGGUCAGGAGGAAGCCACCUAUGCCUGCCACAACUCUGCUAUUUCACAUCUGGAACCAUCUAAAGAUGGAUCCUUGUUGUUGACUUCAGCAAGUUGGGGGCAGCCUCUCUCUGCCCUUUGGGGAAUGAGAUCAGUGUUUGAUAUGAAACACUCCUUCCCUGAUGAUCACUAUGUGGAGUUCAGUAAACUAUCUCAAGACAGAGUUAUCGGAACAAAAGAGGAGGUUGCUCACAUAUAUGAUGUUCAGACUGGGCUGAAUAUCCUGACCCUAUACAACCCCGACCUGGCCAAUAAUUACAAGCGGAAUUGUGCAACCUUUAAUCCUACUGAUGACCUGGUAUUAAAUGACGGUGUUUUGUGGGAUGUGCGUUCCAAACAAGCUGUUCACAAGUUCGAUAAAUUCAACAUGAAUAUCAGUGGUGUUUUCCAUCCAAACGGCUUGGAAGUGAUUAUCAACACUGAGAUUUGGGACCUGCGAACAUUCCACCUCCUGCACACUGUGCCAGCACUAGAUCAAUGUCGCAUUGUCUUCAACAAUACAGGAACUGUCAUUUAUGGGGCCAUGUUACAGGCAGACGAUGAGGAUGAUAUGAUGGAGGAGCGAAUGAAAAGCCCCUUUGGAUCUUCUUUCAGAACAUUUGAUGCUACUGACUACAAGCCAAUAGCAACCCUUGAUGUGAAGAGGAACAUUUUUGAUCUUUGCACAGAUACGAAAGACUGCUACCUGGCUGUAAUUGAGAACCAAGGCAGCAUGGAUGCUUUGUCUAUGGACACUGUCUGCAGGCUUUAUGAAGUGGGCCGUCAGCGACUGGCUGAGGAAGAGGAUGAAGAGGAAGAUCAGGAGGAAGAAGAGGAAGAUGAUGAUGAUGACGAUGAUGAUGACGACUCUGAUGACGACCUCGAUGAUCUGGACACAGACCCACUCCUGGACGGGGAGGAUGAUGAAGAUGAUAAUAAUGAUAAUGAAGUAAAUGUAAUGGAGGACGGUGAGCAGGGAUUCUCACCAUCUGAUGAGGAGCUGGAGGCCCUGUUGGGCGGUAAUGGUGAUGAGGAUGAGGAUGGGGAAGAGGAUGCUGACCUUAUUCUUGGCGUGUCGGAUAGCUCAGAUAACUCUGACUUGGAAGACGACAUCAUUUUGUCACUGAAUGAAUGAGGCUGUGGUUGAAAGGAGGUGAAGAGAAUGAAGAUCUAAGCUCAAAAGAGGUGCCCAUCUGAGCUAG